AUAACCAAAUAAGUUUCAACGGAUCCAGACUUCAUCGAAAAACCAAAGCCACUCAAGGUCAAAAUGCUGUGGGGAAUCAGUUCCGCGCUUGAUUUAUACGAGGAGUACCUAAGGGCCUUCAAGAUCAAGGACGACCCGCUGCCGGAGGAUGAGCAUGCACGCGAGGAAGCAGAAGAAGCGGCCGGAGAUAAUACUUUGAACACCCUAAACAUACUCAUCUGCGGUGGAGCUGAUCCACGGCAUGUUAUCAAGACGCUGGCCAAAAGAUACACACAUCGCAUCCGACCCAAACUAAAUAUCUAUUUACUCGAUGGUUGCGCCGAAAUUGAAGCCAGGAACAUGCUGCUCCUGGGCGUAGCCCUGGAGGAUCCCGAGUCCUUUAACCUGGUGUCCAAGGUGCACUUGUUCAUGGACCUCUACGGAAAUGCGGUGAUCCGUCCCAGCUCGCACCAUUACAUGGCAGCCAAGGGACGCACACUGCUCAAAAUGGUCACCAAUGAGGAGGAACUUCAGCGCCUGGCUCCCAUGCUGAAUAUAGAAGGACUAAAGUACAAGGAACGAGAUGGCUUUGAGAUGGCUUUCACUUUUUGGCAGCCGCAACCGUGGAAUGUCUUUGAGGUGACCGCCUACUGGGAGCAAAGGUCGAGGGCCCUGCUCGGCACCAGGUAUGACCAUCGCAACGGGGCCUUUGAUUGGGACCUGAGCAUGACCCUAAAGGAACGUGGAGGGCAGCAGAUCUGUUCGCAGGAGUACCGCUAUUGGCGCGAGACCGGCGUGGCUUUCGUUUUUCCGGAAUAUGAGCAUUGCAAGCCGAACAAGACACUGGCCGUUGGAUUGGUGCGCAAUGGACGCAACUUCAUCCACCGUGGCUAUGUGGGUGAUAUCCAGACUGGACCGUUUUGUGGCUUCGGGCUGCGCACCGUGGAGGAGCGAAUGCAUCAUUCUGUGCACGGUGAUAAUGAUUAUCGUGCUACCGAUAUAACAGAACGCAAUCUCAUGGAAUUCUUCCAUGAAUUGCUGACCCAGACAGCCUACGAGCAUGAUACCACUCGUUCCCGACGGUAUGGCUCUGUUCAGCUGCUGAUGACGCCCUUGUUGAACCACCAGGAAGAGGACGCUGCUGGGCAAGCGGCUUACGAUAAGCCAUGGAUCCACGUGCCCGGAGUAACAGUGCACUUUGUGUCGCCCAUGGAGAUGGAGCAGCUGAAAAAGGGUGCAGCUCAUUGGAACAAUAUGUUUGAUAUCGUCUUUAUGGCCUAUAACUAUUACUCUUUCUUGAGCAAGGACUUCUUCCAGGCGAUGCGUGCGCAAUCACUUUUUAUUCUGGAAACCAAGCUGAUGACGGUGGAGCGCAAAGAUCGUGUGCAGGAGUACGAAUCCAAAGCUAAAGAACUGAUGAAGGAUGCUGGCCUUAAGGCGGCCAUCAACUACCAGGCCAUCAACGGCAAGAACAUGUGGCUAAAAUACAAAAAGACCGAUAAAGAUGAACAAGAAGAUGAAGCCGUGACAGAAGCCAUGCCAGAAAGUACUUUCAAAUAUGACACAGACACAGAUUAUGGUGAACCUGCUGAAGAGUAUACUGGUCUAGUAAUUGAAGAGAUUCCCUCAUCGAAUCAGACUGUGGCAGCCAUUAAGAAGGAAGUGGAGGCAGAAGGUCCCCUACAACCAAAAACUAACUUCCCAUGAAUAAGAAAUCCGAAUCCGAAUAAAAUGAAAUAUGCAUCUU